AGCAUUCUGAAGGUCCAGGUUUUCAGCUGUCGGGGUUUGCCCGCUGAGGACUACAUUUCCCAGAAAUCUCCGGGCAUAGGUCUUCUCGGGGCGGGGCGAGUUUGCCUGAGGAGAGCGCUUAGAAGCGCCGAGCCUCUGAGGAUUUUCCGGCUCUUAUUUCCCAUGAGCCUCUGGGCCCAAACCAACCUCUGUUUCUGCGUCCCUUUCCCGUGUCUUCAAGGUUUUUGGACUCUGUGCGCUCUGGCUUUUCUGGACACUGCUUCAGCAAUAGAGGAACCCUAUGGAACAUUGAUCGGUUCCUCCAGUUCUAGAACCAUGACUGACGGCUCGGUGACCUUCAAGGAUGUGGCCAUCAACUUCUCUGCGGAGGAGUGGGAAUUCCUGGAUUCUGCUCAGAGGGACUUGUACGUGAACGUGAUGUUGGAGAACUACAGCAACUUGGUCUCGCUGGAUUGGGAGUCAACAUAUGAGACCCAAAAUACAUCUUCAAAAAAGAACAUUUUUGAAAUAAAUUUUUCCCAGUGGGAGAUAGUGGAAAGCAGUGAAACCCUUGACCUUGAGGCAUCUGUUUUCAAAGAUAAUUGGAAGUGUGAGAGUGGAUUCGAGGAGCUCCAGGGACAUCAAGAGGGAUACUUAAGUCAAAUGAUAAUCAGCUAUGAAAAAGUACCCGCUUACAGAAAACAUGAAUCUCUUACUGCACAUCCAAGUAUUCAUAAGCAAGAGAAACCCUACAUUUGUCAGGAAUGUGAGAAGGCUGGUAGUCGUGACUCAAAACUUAUUCAACAUGAGAGAAUUCAUUUGGCUGAAAAACAUUUCGAGUGUGAAGAAUGUGGGAAAGACUUUUUAAGUGCCUAUCAACUCACCAUGCAUCAGAAGUUUCAUACUGGUGAGAAACCCUAUGAAUGCAAGGAGUGUGGGAAGACCUUUAGUUGGGGAUCAAGCCUUGUUAAACAUGAGAGAAUCCAUACUGGUGAGAAACCUUAUGAAUGUAAGGACUGUGGGAAAGCCUUUAGUCGUGGCUAUCAUCUUACUCAGCAUCAGAAAAUUCAUAUAGGUGUGAAGUCUUAUGAAUGUAAAGAAUGUGGGAAGGCCUUUUUUUGGGGCUCAAGCCUGGCUAAACAUGAGAUAAUCCAUACAGGUGAGAAACCUUAUAAAUGUAAAGAAUGUGGCAAGGCCUUUAGUCGUGGCUAUCAACUUACUCAGCAUCAGAAAAUCCAUACUGGUAAGAAACCUUAUGAAUGUAAAAUAUGCGGAAAGGCUUUUUGUUGGGGCUAUCAGCUGACUCGACAUCAGAUAUUCCACACUGGCAAGAAACCCUAUGAGUGUAAGGAAUGUGGGAAGACCUUUAAUUGUGGCUCAAGUCUGGUUCAACAUGAGAGAAUCCAUACUGGUGAGAAGCCCUAUGAGUGUAAAGACUGUGGCAAGGCCUUUAGUCGUGGCUAUCACCUCACUCAGCAUCAGAAAAUCCACACCGGUGAGAAACCUUUUGAAUGUAAGGAAUGUGGAAAGGCCUUCAGUUGGGGUUCAAGCCUGGUUAAACACGAGAGAGUCCAUACUGGUGAGAAGUCCUAUGAAUGUACAGAAUGUGGAAAAACCUUUGGUAGCGGCUAUCAGCUGACUCGACAUCAGAUAUUCCACACUGGCAAGAAACCCUAUGAGUGUAAGGAAUGUGGGAAGACCUUUAAUUGUGGCUCAAGUCUGGUUCAACAUGAGAGAAUCCAUACUGGUGAGAGGCCCUACGGAUGUAAAGACUGUGGCAAGGCCUUUAGUCGUGGCUAUCACCUCACUCAGCAUCAGAAAAUCCACACCGGUGAGAAACCUUUUAUAUGUAAGGAAUGUGGAAAGGCCUUCAGUUGGGGUUCAAGCCUUGCUAAACACAAGAGAGUCCAUAUCAGAGAGAAGUCCUAUGACUGUAAAGCCUAUGGGAAGGCCCUUGGUAGUGGCUAUCAGUUCAGUGUGCAUCAGAGAAUUCAUACCGGUGGGCAGCCUUAUCCACAUGAGGACUUUGGGAAGACCUUUACUUACGACUCAAGCCUUGUUCAACAUGAGGGAAUUCACAGUAAUGAUAAACCGUACAAAUACACAGAAUGUGGGGAAGCCUUUAUAUGGACAGUCUACUCAGAUGAGACAGUUGAUGCUGCUGAAACUUUAUGAUUGAAGAACUAUGAAAGAACUUGUGUGUGUGUACAGCUUACUCAGUUUGAGGAGAAGUCUUAUUCUUGAGAAACCUUGUGAAUAUAGGGAAUGUUCGAAAGCCUUACUUACCUGUGUGUGGACAAUUUACGAUAUCAGAAAAUUCAUACUAGCGAGAAAUACUUUGAAUAUAAGGAAUGUGAAAAGGUC